AUCUAUUUCUGAAUACUAUUUUUGCCUGCGGUUUCGGUGCGAUGUUGCGGUUGUGAAUUUGUGAAUUUACGUUUUAUUUCAGUAAAUGAGGACACGCUACAAUUUUUGUACUGUGCGGCGUGCGCUUAAAGUCAAUUUCGAAAAUAAUUAUUUGUAUCAGUUUAGGUUAUCCAACUGAAAAUAAACAAUUAACCAGGAGUCACCAGGUUAUUAUGUUACUCAACAAAACCAGUAAAGUUCCAGGUUGGUAGGACAGACGAACUUCUCAAGAAAGAGCAAUAUGGAGAAUAAUUCAACGUCAGACAUCAUAAUUCUAAGUGGAAAUUCACAUCCUGAGCUCGCGGACCUGAUUGCAAAUCGGCUCGGAGUACGAAAGGGAGGAUGUUCGGUUUAUCACAAAACGAACCGGGAGACUAUGGUUGAGAUUGCAGAUUCAAUCCGCGGAAAGAACAUUUACAUUGUACAAACUGGAACUAAGGAUGUUAACAACAACAUUAUGGAACUAUUAAUUAUGGCUUAUGCAUGUAAGACGUCAUCGGCACGGUCCAUUGUGGGGGUGAUUCCAUAUCUGCCGUACAGCAAACAGUGCAAAAUGAGGAAACGAGGUUGCAUUGUCACCAAACUCCUUGCUAAAAUGAUGUGUAAAGCUGGUCUUACACAUAUCAUCACUAUGGAUCUGCAUCAGAAGGAAAUACAGGGUUUCUAUGAUUGCCCAGUGGAUAACUUACGAGCAUCUCCGUUCUUAUUACAAUACAUUCAAGAUAGUAUUCCAGAUUACCGUAACUCUGUAAUUGUGGCUCGCAACCCAGGUUCUGCGAAGAAGGCAACUUCAUACUCGGAACGUCUGAGAUUGGCCAUUGCGGUGAUACAUGGUGAACAAAAAGAAGCCGAAAGUGAUGAAGUUGAUGGCAGAUAUUCACCACCUUGUUUACCAAGCAGAUCGCGCACAAUGGAUGUCCCAGUAGGGGUUCCAGCACAUCCAGCCAAAGAGAAGCCUCCAAUCAAUGUUGUAGGGGAUGUUGGCGGUAGAAUAGCAAUUAUGGUGGACGAUAUGAUCGACGAUGUGCAGUCAUUCGUAGCGGCCGCGGAGGUGCUAAAAGAAUGUGGUGCUUACAAAAUUUACGUGUUAGCCACUCACGGUCUAUUGUCGUCUGACGCACCACGUCUUAUCGAAGAUUCGCCCAUUGACGAAGUCGUAGUUACCAACACUGUUCCUCAUGAACUUCAGAAGAUGCAAUGCAACAAGAUCAAAACCAUCGACAUUUCUGUAUUGCUCAGUGAAGCUAUCAGGCGCAUACAUAACAAAGAAUCUAUGUCAUAUCUUUUCAAAAAUGUCACGCUUGAAGAUUAAAAAGUAUAAUAUUUGUACUGUAAUUCUUAUAAUGCGUGGAAAUAUAUCUGUACCAUAAAAUCAACUAGUUUUAAGAUAGUAUUUUUAUAGUAUUGUCAUCUCUGAGAGUAUUACAAAAAAUCUUGUUGAGUAUUCUUUGCUUGUUUUAUGUUAAAUUUAUAAUCCGUUGGGGCUGCAGGUAAAUUGGAACAAAUUAGACUGUAGUUAGGGUACUGCCUGGAGUGUAUCAUUGUUAGUACAGUUUUAUUUUAUAAGUUUGUAUGUAUUUAGUUUUUAGUUGAUCUAAAUUAAGCAUUUCUAAUUUUGUUUUUAUCCUAGCCUUAUAUUAUGUAUCACGUAAUUAUGCUCUGACAAAAUUUUCGAUGACUGCACUGUGAUUAAAUAUGUAGUUAUAAUUAUGAAAAUCUAAAUCUUGUUAUAAUUAAAAACUGUCCAAAGCUUCUAUUAUUGAAUAAAUCCAUUAUUAAAAUAUUAAAUAUUAUACUAGUGUAGUAGAAGCCACAUAAUAUAUGUUGUUUUGUGAAAAUUGUAUUCUAUAUCAAUAAAUAUUUUGUGGCAUA